CGCGCGAGGGAGAGAGAGAGCGCGAGGGGGCGGGUGUCUCUCGCGCUCGCAUUGCGCAGCCUCACACAGACGCUCGUGAAAUCAACACAAGGAAGGUUUGCUUACACAUCUAUCGCUUAUUUUCGGGAUUUUCGGGAUAAACAUCACCGUGAUCGAUGCGAGUCCUUCUAACGGACAAUCGCCGCUGAUAUUACUUCCGCGUUCUUUUUCCUGUUUUUGUCGCUUUUCCCUCUGAGCGGAGCGUUUGUUGGAUUCGUUAUGAAUUCCAGCCCGCUUCCAAACGGCAGGCUCCUACCGGACAGCCAGAGCUGGAACUCCUCCGGUUCCGACGAGGAUCUGGACGUCGAACCGGGACCCGGUCCGCAUGGAGGGGUGGCGGAAUUCGGAGGGGUGCUCAGUAAGUGGACUAACUACAUUCACGGAUGGCAGGACCGCUGGGUCGUGCUGAAGAACAACACCUUGAGUUACUACAAAUCCCAGGACGAGCGCGAGUACGGCUGCCGCGGUUCCCUCUGCCUCAGCAAGGCUGUCAUCACACCUCAUGAGUUUGACGAGUGCCGGUUGGACAUCAGCGUCAAUGAUAGCGUGUGGUAUCUACGUGCUCAGGACCCAGAGCACCGCAACCAAUGGAUCGAGUCCAUCGAGCAACACAGGGCCGAGUCCGGUUAUGGCUCCGAGUCCAGUUUGAGGAGACACGGCUCCAUGCUGUCCCUCACAUCAGCCACCAGCGGAUACUCCGCCACCUCCACCUCCUCCUUUAAGAAGGGUCACAGUCUGCGGGAGAAGCUGGCGGAGAUGGAGACGUUUCGAGACAUCCUCUGCAGACAGGUGGACACGCUGCAGAAAUACUUCGACGGCUGCUCUGACGCCGUGACCAGAGACGAGCUCCAGAGAGACAAGAUCGUGGAGGACGAUGAAGACGGUUUCCCUAACACUCGCUCCGAUGGAGAAUUCCUGCAUAACAACAACAACAGCAAGGAAAAACUUUUCCAGUGUUUGAGUCAUAAAGGCAUUAAUGGGAUCGAUUUUAAAGGAGAGGCCAUCACGUUCAAGGCGACCACGGUGGGGAUCCUGGCCACGCUUUCUCACUGCAUCGACCUGAUGGUGAAGAGAGAGGACAGCUGGCAGAAGAGACUGGAUAAGGAGAUGGAGAAGAGGAGGAGGGUGGAGGAGGCGUAUAAAUCAGCCCUGUCCGAGCUGAAGAUGAAGUCUCACUUUGGAGGACCUGAUUACGAGGAGGGUCCAAACAGUCUGAUCAAUGAAGACGAGUUCUUCGACGCUGUGGAGGCCGCUCUGGACCGACAGGACAAAAUAGAAGAACAGUCUCAGUGUGAGAAGAGCCGGAUACAGAGGAGCAGUUCAGUGCCUUCAGGAGACGUCUUCUCCAGCGUGGGCUCUCACCGCUUCGCUGAGAAGGUGGAGGAGAUGGUUCAGAAUCACAUGACCUACUCGCUGCAGGACGUGGGUGGAGACGCUAACUGGCAGCUGGUGGUGGAGGAGGGAGAGAUGAAGGUGUACCGGCGCGAGGUGGAGGAGAACGGCAUCGUGCUGGACCCUCUGAAGGCCACACACUGUGUCAAAGGGGUCACAGGUCACGAGCUCUGCCACUACUUCUGGGACACGGAUGUUCGUAACGAUUGGGAGACUACUGUGGAAAACUUCAACAUCGUGGAGACGCUGUCUGAUAACGCCAUCAUCAUCUACCAGACUCAUAAGAGAGUGUGGCCAGCGUCCCAGAGAGACGUCUUGUACCUGUCUGCCAUUCGUAAGAUCAUAGCCAACAACGAGAACGAUCCCGACACAUGGCUCGUCUGUAACUUCUCAGUCGAGCAUGAGAAUGCCCAGCCGAACAACAGAUGCGUUCGUGCUAAAAUCAACAUUGGGAUGAUCUGCCAGACGCUGGUCAGUCCACCAGAGGGAGACAAAGAGAUCAGCAGAGACAACAUCCUGUGCAAAAUCACAUACGUGGCCAACGUGAAUCCUGGCGGCUGGGCUCCUGCGUCUGUCCUGAGGGCCGUCGCCAAGAGAGAAUAUCCCAAAUUCCUCAAGCGCUUCACUUCCUACGUCCAGGAGAAAACAGCUGGGAAGCCCAUCCUCUUCUGAGCACCAGUUCCCCAGUUCUGCUCCUCUAGUUUCAGCGCCCUCUAGUGACUCAGAAGACUCAUGGCGUCCCUUCUCCACAGGAAGCCCCGCCCAUCCACAGACGCUUGAUGCCCUUCUGUAGCACCACACUAGCUCACACAGACAGAGGACUAGAGAUGCCACACGCCAAUGUCUGUCCCAUGUCUUCUGCCAGAGAUCUAUAUUGAUAUGAAUAUAUAUGUAUGUAUGUAUGUAAGUAAGCGAGAUGGGAAGAGUUUAUAUAUACCGGAGAGUUUUGAAGCUGAACACGUGAGACCGGCUCGGUUUUAGUCUUCAGCUUUGCUCUCGUUGUCCUCGUGUAAUUGUUGUUUGGGGAAAUCAAAGGCAUGUUUGUGAGUGAACUCUAUGAAGCUGCCUUUCGUCUCCAUGUUGGCCGUCUCUUGAAUGAAGCGCAGCAUCUGCUGCUGACGAGGAGACGCUUCAUUUCUCUCUUGAUUUAGUUCUGUGUCUCGGCAGCUGAUAGACUGUAGCACAAUUCCAGAUCGAUCGGGACCGGAAGAGAUUUUUUAAUAUGUCAGAAAAACUUUGCGCGCCGAUUAUUUGUAUAUAAUUUCAUUAUUGCUUCUUACCUGACUAAUGCGACUCCAUAUGCCUUAGUGUGUGUGUGAGACUGAGAGGAGUGUACCGACUAGAAAAGUGCCUCAUUAUUCAUCUUGCUGAUCUUACCGCCCCAAAACUACAGCCAGAAACCAACCUGGCGUCCUGUAGUGUGCAUACGAAGAUCAUUUCAUAUUGAUUUCUUACCUCAAGUUAUUAUUUAAACCUGAUUAUACAAUCAGACUGAGUCGUCAGAAGAGCUGCCUCUAAUUGGAGGAGCCCUGACGCCAAUCAAAUUCACUGUCCAAUAGGGAGAAGCGGUUCAAAUUAGGGGCGUAGAUGAUACGUAGAUGUAGAUCGGGUGAAUUAGUUGCAUUUAUUUAUUUUUUCUUGAUUAAAUGUAUUCUUCUUAAGUGAAAAACUAAAUGUCACGCAUUAAUAAACAAUCUUACAAGGCACAAAUUGGCCAAUUUUUGUCUCAUUUUUCCAGUAAAAAUAUCUACAGAUUCUUGAAUACAUUUACUCGAGAAGCAGAAUUAAGAUAUUAAGUCGUUUUCUUAAAGAAGUAUGCUUAAAUCAAGAGUCAGUGGGGUAUAUUAUUUUAUUCCUAAAAUAAGAAAACAAAUCUUCAGAUCUUUUUGUUUCGACUUUAACUUAAAUAUUUUAAGCCCACUGACUGAUAUUUUUCUUGAUUUAUGAAUGAUUUCACUUCAUUUUGAGCCAUUUUUCUGAAAAGGUUUGCAUUUACAGUAUAAAAUACAAUUUCUUGAUGAUCGUUAGAUAUCAGUCUUGUUUUCUGAAAAAUUAAUUAAAAUACAUUCGAGUUUAUUAACUAAAAAAAUAAUCUUUCAGUCGGGUUAAAAAUAAAUAUUUUUCUCUUUAAAAUAAAUGUAUUUUUUAGCCCACUGCCAAAUAUUACUGUUUUAAUUCACUUUAUUUACAUACAUUUUUCAGAAAAUGUUUGCAUAUAUUUAGCAUCUACUGUAGUAAAAUAGCUUGAAAAAAUGUGUGCAUGCUCAAAACAAUAAUAAUAAAAAAAAUCUUGUUUUACAUUUGAAUUAGAUGUUUUUAAGCAUAAAUUCACUUAAUUUUGAUAAAUAUUUCAGAAAAUGCUCUCCUAUAAAUUUAUGAUUUAUGAAUCUUUAGAUAUUUAUACUGGAAAACGAGACCAAAAAAAAAAAAUUGAGCAAGAAAAUGAUUUUUCGCAAAAACGGCAAAAGCUUUACAUUUUUUGCUAAACAUUUUCAUUGGUCAAACUGUUCCCAUGAUAGACUGUUAAAGACACCUUAGUGGACGACGAGUAGAACCGAGUAUUGACGAUUUCUAAAACGCCACACUCGUACAACUUUAACAUUCCAGACACUCGCUGAUCCCGAAUGUACGAAUCCACCGGAGGCAGACCCUGUCGCUCUAACUAACACACACCUAGCGAGUAGAGCGUUUGCUGAUUGGAGGGUUUAUCGGUGGAAUCGGCCAAUCAGGAGAGGCGUUCUGCUUGUGUGUGCGGCCGUCUCAUACAGUCUUGUGUGUCAUUAGUUGCGUUUGCACUGAAUGUAAUGUGGUUGGGGUUCAGAUGGUUCGUGUACAUAAUAAUGUCGUCACACUAAAGGUGUCAGAAUGAACGUACUGUGAAUAGAGGGCGAGAGGAAUAAAAUGAUUGACAUCUUUCUGCA